AUGCUUGUAUUCCAUGAUUGUAUUCCACGCAAAUCCCUCAAACGCCAAAUAGUGAAGAGUCUAAGGAAAGACCGAGAGCUCUGGUGGACAUCGAAAGCUCGGGAGAUGGAGAACGCUUUUGCUACGGGAAACAGCCGUGUCCUUUAUCAACUGAUACGAUCGACUGGCCCUAGGAAAGCAACGGUCAGCGAAACGAUAAAUGAAAAAGAUGGCUCAUCAAUUCACUGGCAAAAACGUCGACUGGAGAGAUGGGCCGAACACUCCGAAGAGCAGUUCAGCUGGCCUCCUGCAAUACAGCCGGUGGAGAUAGUGCAUACGGGCAAAUGGAAUGUAAACCUUGAUCAUCCUUCGGAAGGAGAAAUAAGGUACGAAGUAGCCGCACUGAAACGUGAGAAGGCACCAGGACCGGACGGUCUGUACCCAGCACUCUUCAAAGAAGGCAGAAAUUCCCUGGUGACCCACUUGACAAAGCUUAUUGGUACUAUGUGGGACGAAGAGCAAGUGCCUUCAGAAUGGGGCAUGUCGACAGUUAUCCCUAUCUUCAAAAAGGGUACACGGACGCUAUGCGAAAACCACCGUGACAUCAGCCUUGAUGAAGAAGUGGAAUGUGAAGACAUUUUGAUGUACCUGUCCAUCUCCCCUGAAGUUGACAAUCCCGAUGACCUUUCCGGCGGUGAGGAUCAAGGUGAACUUCUAAGUUCAGGUGCUGGAGUUAAAAAACGGGCCGAUUCCCCCUCAGGUCGAUCGUCUGAACCUCCUAACAAACAAAUGAAACGCAAAGAACAAUGUAACGCUCCUGUCGCACCGACGAUUAAUAUCAAUCUUCCUGGUUCUCACACGGACGAGCUACUGGUGCGACGCCACCACAUUUGACUUGCAUCCACCUGUUCGUUGCGGCGUAUUUUCAUGAGCCGAAAGGGCGCUGACCAAUCCGCGUUACAUUCGCCAAAUGCAUGGGAAAACGCCGAUUUGGGAUCGCAAGAACGAAACGAAAAGUUUCUCCGACUUAUGGGUGGCGUGAAGCAGCGCGAGCACAAAGGGAACAUCGUCAUAGGAGACAACUCUGGAGUCCCGCACAAUAUCAGCAAACCUGAACGAGCUCGAAUCGAUAAGGAUUUAGAAGCGCAAUUCUCGGAGGGAAUCGAUCGCCGGCUGACUGCAUCUAGUCAGCAUAAGGGACUAGGUUCAGGUUCAAGGUCCACGGAUUUCUCCCAACCCUUCCAUAUGGAAACCGAAAAACAGGAUGCCAAAAAACACUACCUAUCGUCUUUUGUGCCUGCACGUAACCCGGACUCUUGAUUUGAAUCGAAUUUUAUACAUAUAUAAUUCUUCCUUCACCAAUUGGCGGUUAAUACAUAAAACCUUAUGUAAACUUGCUUCCGUUUUCCCUUUGAUUGGACACAAUUCUCCAUGAAAAUCCACUAGAUAGCUGGUACGGUUGUGAUUUACCAGCA